UUUAAACUUUUUUGUUAUUAUUUCCUUUUGACAAAAUUACAUUUUGCAUGCAAAUAUUUUGUUUAAACACCAAAUAAGCCAUUGUAAACUUUUCACGGCAGUGCAGUGGAAGCCACGCCCCACCAUGACGUCACCUCAGCCAGCCGCAUGUGUGGGGAUGGUCAGUCAAUGACAGCUGCUCCUCUCAGGCCAAACAGCCACACAACACAGCUCUCUCACAGGAUUUCUUACAUGGUAAAAUGUCUUCUAGGCUGCUGACUGUUAACAGCUUUGCUUUAAAAUGGAUAAGAUCCUCACUUUGCCCCCUGACAAGAGCAUUUGGCUCUGCAGCUGCUUGCUUGAAGUCCGUUGAUCUAAAAGGUCGCAGCUGUCUUACUCUUAAAGACUUCAGCUCAGAUGAAAUCAAGAGGCUGCUGUGGGUGUCAGCCGACCUCAAGCAACGGAUCAAGCAUGACAAACAGUAUCUGCCUCUUCUACGAGGAAAGUCGAUUGCAAUGAUAUUUGAGAAGAGGAGCACCAGAACGAGAAUGUCCACAGAAACAGGUUUUGCUUUGUUGGGCGGCCACCCUUGUUUCCUGACCUCACAGGAUAUCCACUUGGGAGUGAAUGAGAGCUGCACAGACACAGCAAGGGUUCUCUCAGGACUGUGUGACAUUGUUUUGGCACGAGUGUACCACCAUUCAACGCUGGAGGAGCUGGACAAAGAGGCUUCCAUCCCCAUCAUUAAUGGUCUUUCGGACCUAUACCACCCGAUUCAGAUCAUGGCAGACUUUCUUACCUUACAGGAACAUUAUGGCUCCCUUAGUGGCUUAACGGUGAGUUGGAUCGGAGAUGGCAACAAUGUCCUCCACUCCUUCAUGAUGACUGCAGCCAAACUAGGAGUUCAUCUUAAGAUUGCCACACCGAAGGGAUAUGAACCUGAAAAAAGUGUCACAGAAGAGGCUCUGAGACUCUCCAAACAGCAUGGGACCCAACUUGUUCUGACCUCUGAUCCAAUGGAGGCCGCCCAUGGUAGUAAUGUGCUGGUGACUGACACCUGGAUCAGCAUGGGGCAGGAGGAGGAGAAGAAAAAGAGGCUCAAAGACUUUCAUGGAUACCAGAUUACAAUGCAGACGGGAAGUGUGGCCAAGUCAGACUGGACAUUCCUGCACUGCCUCCCCCGCAAGAUGGAGGAGGUGGACGAUCAGGUGUUCUACUCCUCACGCUCCCUCGUAUUUCCUGAAGCAGAGAAUAGGAAAUGGACCAUCAUGGGGUUGAUGGUUUCUCUUCUGACUGAGUACACGCCGCAGAUCCCCAUGCCGAAACUGUCCUCCGGGAGUUUCCUGUCUCGUCCCACUCCCUCGCUGUGUUUACAGUGGAAACAGACCGGGGAAAAUGGACGUUUCGUCUCGGACGAGGAGGGGAAUGUGGACCUACAGCGCCGAGCCAAAGCAGUUUCCCGUCGCCUCGCCUGUCCGGUGGCCCAGAGUCUCGCCAUGAACGGCAGCAGGAACUGCACCUCGGCGGGGAAUGGCGAGGGCCUGGCCGCCCUGGAGUCGGUCUCCAUCGUGAGCAUCACGCUGCUGGCCUGCCUGGGGAACCUGUUGAUCGUGACCACCCUUUACCGCCGGCCGUACCUCCUCACGCCCAGCAACAAGUUCGUGUUCAGCCUGACCUCCUCCAACCUGCUGCUGUCCGUCCUGGUCCUGCCCUUCGUGGCCGUCAGCUCGGCUAAGCGGGAGUGGGUGUUCGGGGUGGUCUGGUGCAACUUCACCGCCCUUCUCUACCUGCUCAUCAGCUCCGCCAGCAUGCUCACCCUCGGAGCCAUCGCUAUUGACAGGUACUACGCCGUGCUCUACCCCAUGAUCUACCCCAUGAGGAUCACGGGCAACCGGGCGGUGGUGGUCAUCGCCUACGUGUGGCUGCACUCGCUGGUGGGCUGCCUGCCGCCCCUCUUCGGCUGGUCCUCCUUCCAGUUCCACUGCUUCAAGUGGAGCUGCGUGGCGGCCUGGCACCGGGAGCCCAGCUACGCCGCCUUCUGGGUGGCCUGGUGCGCCCUGCCGCCCCUCCUCAUCAUGCUGGCCUGUUACGGCGUCAUCUUCCGCGUCGCCCGCAUGAAAGCCCGCAAGGUGCACUGCGGCACAGUGGUGGUGGCGGCCCAGGACGACUCCUCGGCGGCGGGGGCGGCGCAGAAGAACGGCCGCAAGAACUCCAGCACCUCCACCUCCUCCAACGGGAGCCGGCGGAGCCUGGUGUACGCCGGGAGCCAGUGCAAGGCCUUCGUCACCAUCCUGGUGGUGGUGGGCACCUUCCUGGUGUCCUGGGGCCCCUACGUGGGGGUGGUGUGCGCCGAGGCCCUGUGGGGGCCGGGCGGCGUGCCCCGGGGCGUGGAGACCCUGGUGGCGUGGCUGUCCUUCUGCAGCGCCGCCUGCCACCCGCUCAUCUACGGCCUGUGGAACAAAACGGUCAGGAAGGAGCUGCUAGGCAUGUGCUUCGGAGACCGCUACUACCGGGAGCCCUUCGCCACGCGGCAGCGCACCUCGCGCCUCUUCAGCAUCUCCAACAGGAUCACAGAUUUGGGCAUGUCACCACACCUGACCGCCAUGCUGGCAGGAGGAGGCCACCUGCUGGCCCCGGGCAGCAGCACGGGAGACACAGGCUUCAGCUUCACUCAGGACUCAGGCACAGAUGUGAUGCUGCUGGAUAACUCCUGUGCAGACAGCUCCUCCCUCCCGCCGUGCCUCCCGUCCGGGAAGAGGAGGAGCUCGGUCACCUUCGAGGACCAGGUGGAGCAUUCCAAAGCUGAAAACGCGGCCUCGGUGAAGGUCCACGCAGAGGUCCACGACUCUCUGGACGCCUUCGCCUCCUGCCUGGCGAAGGCCAUAGAGAGCGACGCCAAGCUGACCCUGUUCGGGGAGGGUCCGGCCCUGCUGGGGGGGGCCCCCGCAGCCAGGCCGGCGCAGAGACCCCGAUACCUGGACGGCCAGAGACUGAGGCUGGAGAGCAUCGACGAGGGGAUCGUCAAAGACGACCGGGACGAGGAGGAGCAGGCUGGGGAGGAGAAGCCCAACGGAGCAGAGCGGGUCCAGUCG